AUGUCAUCUGGAGAUAUGUUCAAUCGCUACACCGCACCCAUUGCUCCCUCGAGCAGGAAGAAAGAGAGCAAGCGACACUGCAGAGAAGGUAACAAGGCCCCUUCAACCAAGAAGGCCCGGACUGAGGAUCUUCCAAAUGCCGCUCCCUCAAAACAAACAACGCCCACUCCGGCACCACUCGACCAGGAGUCUCCCCCUGCUCCAGCCGACCAGAACUCUACUCCUCUAGCGCCUGCCGACCAAACACCUCACGAUCAACCUGGAGACGCCCUGACCAGUACCAUGGGAUUGGUGACUAUAACUUCUAGUUGGCACCGCACGGGGGCUUUGGUAACCCAGACCAAAGACUCUGAUUCCAAGCACAUUAAGAAGACGAAGGCGCUCGAGGGGAAAAAUGCUGAAUUGCUUGAGAAAAACACAAAACUGCUCGGAAAGAACACUGAACUGCUCGAGCAAAACUCUAAGCUGGCCGAAGAGCUUCAGCAGUUUCAGACUGCCCUAGCCAAAGUCAAUGAAGGCAAAGAGAAGUUUAGGGAGUGUGCUAAACUUAACUACCAAGAGUCCAAAAAGCUUGAGGCCGAUCUAAUCGUGAGCAGAAAGGAGACUGAGGAGCUGGAGGUACGCGUCAAGGAGCUUGAGGAGACUAAUGUCCGCAACUUCGAGAAGUAUAGGGAAGCCACCUACCUUUGCUUCUAUGAGUUCAGGAAGCAUAAUCGUGGGGAAAACUUCAAUGAUCUUUCUGAGCGCUUGAGGCGAACUAAAAUAGCCUGGUACACCGCUCACCUGGAGGAAGAAGAAAGAGCUACCAUUCCUACCUCCCCAGAAAUCUCCCUAGCAAUGGGGAUUGAUGGCGCGGAAAAUGAAGUUGGAACCACUGUGGACCAGGACAUUCCUCAAGACCCUCCUGCCUCGUAG